AUGCGGGCCACACAUUCACCGACAUACCUCGGCCUCAAAGGCCAAAACCUCAUUUACGCGGUUACACUAUGCUGCUCAUUCGGCUUCCUCCUCUUCGGCUAUGACCUGGGUUUCAUGGGCGGCUUGACAACAUCACCUACAUUCCUAGGGACGUUCGGAAACCCUCAAGCCUCACUCCUCGCAUUUCUAGUUGCCUCCUACGAAGUCGGCGCCAUGAUAGGCGCAUUAUUCCAAUUCCUGAACGGCGAUCGAUUCGGCCGCAAAACCAAUAACAUGGCCGGCGCCGUGAUUGUCGCGAUCGGUGCAACCCUACAAGCUUCCAGUUUCUCACUGCCUCAGUUUCUCGUCGGUCGCAUUGUUGCGGGAUUCGGACUCGGUAUGAUGACGACCGUGAUUCCGAUCUGGCUUUCCGAGUGCAGCAUGCCCAAAUCUCGAGGUCGGAUGAUGGCGAUGCAGCUUUCGAAUUUGAUCGUUGGUCUGAUCCUGGCGAAUUGGCUUGACUACGGGCUCUCCAAAUAUGUCGGUUCAAUGCAGUGGCGAUUUCCCUGUGCUUUCCAGGUCAUCUUUUGUAUCAUUGUUCUCUGCUUCAUGCCUUUCCUCCCCGAGUCGCCCCGUUACCUGUGCGCGACAGGAGAGACCGAGGCUGCAAAGAUCUCCUUGGCUGCGCUCCGGGCUGGAUACCCCGAUGAUCCAGACGUGAUUGAGGAAUACAAGGAGAUUGAAUAUGCCAUCGCGGUCGAGGCGGAGGAAGCAGGUUCCUGGGCCGACGUGUUCAAAGACAACGGUAUCAGCGGAUUCUCACGAGUGGCGAUCGGCUUCGCUGCCAACUUCUUCCAACAAUUGUCCGGGUGCAAUGUCAUGUCGUCUCUCGGUCCGUACGUCUUCGAGGAUUCGAUUGGAAUGACACGCAACGACGCGAUGCUCGUUGCAGGCGGCCUGCAGAUAUUCUACUUCCUGAGUAGUUUGAUACCCUGGCUGAUCAUCGAUCGAGUCGGGCGCCGCAAACUAUUCAUGAUCGGGUCUACUGGUAUGGGUAUUUGCAUGAUGUGCUCUGCGAUCUUCGUGGGCAUCGGAACAACGAAUCUCGGAUACGCGGCUGCAGUUAUGCUAUACCUGUUCCAGACAUUCUUCACCUUGGGAUGGCAGUCCAACAUGUGGAUUUACCCUAGCGAGAUGCUACCCUUGAAGCUGAGAGGACGUGGUGCUGCACUGGCUGUCGUGUCGCAGUGGAUGUUUACAUUCCUGGUUGUUGAGAUCACCCCGCCAAUGAUUACCAACAUUGGGUACAAGAGCUACAUCGUCUUUGCGGUGAUUAACUUUGCGACCGUGCCGUUUGUUUACUUCAACUUCCCAGAAACCAGGCAGAUGCCUCUCGAGGCGGUUGAUCUGCUCUUUGCCGACCGUGAUGGCAAACGGCCUUCUCUUUGGCGCGUGGUUCAGGAUUCUGUAAAUCCGGACUUUGUCGCGGGGGUUAAACUGCAACUCGAGGAACGAGCGAGAAACAGGAUGGAACCAAGUGACAAGCUUUCUGAGAAGGGAGGACGUAUGGAAGUGGAGGUAGCAUGA